UGUGUCUUCGGCUGCGCAACACUUCAAAAGUAGCCGCCGCCGACGAGUCCUUCCCAGCUUUCUUACGGCGUGCAAAGAUGGCGGACGUAGUACAGUACAAGCUUGAGCGUAUGGUCAAUGAGCUCGACGACUUGGAAGAACGCGGUCUUUUUUCAAGGAGGGAGAUUGCUGAAAUUGUUAAGCAGAGGAGGAAGUUCGAGUACAGGCUAAAGCGUCCGAGUCCUCUUAAGCUCGAUUUCUUGGCCUAUAUUGACUACGAGAAACACCUUGACUCUCUUCGUUCCCUUCGAAAGAAGGCAGUUGUUCGCCAGCUGAAACAACAGGGCAACAAGAAACUGAAAAAAUCGGUCUCAGAUUUUGCAGGGAUUUCAAGGAUCCUGGAAAUUUAUCGCCAAGCGACUAAUCGGUUUAAGGGUGAUAUUGUGCUUUGGUUUCAGUAUCUGCAGUUCUGUAAGGAACGGAGGAAUGGGCAGAUGAAAAAGAUCCUAGCUCGGGUUAUUAGAUUUCAUCCCAAGGUUCCAGGUCUAUGGAUAUAUGCUGCAGCAUGGGAAUUUGAUCAAAACUUAAAUGUUGCAGCUGCUCGUGCUCUCAUGCAAAGUGGCCUGAGAACUUGCUCAAACUCAGAGGAUCUUUGGGUUGAGUAUCUUCGAAUGGAACUCACGUAUCUAAACAAGCUAAAAGCGCGGAAAGUUGCUCUUGGAGAGGAUGAAGGGACUCUUGUCCAAGAUAAGUCAAGUGUUGAUGAGAAAAAAUGGAGAGAUGAAAAUAAAGAGUUAUUCAUGACUCUUGACAGUGACAAAGAGACAGAAGAAGUCGAACCAGAUGCUCAACAAGGGGAAUUGAAGAUUGACUUGUUUCAGGAGCAAGGUCUGAGCAUUCUUUCGACUGUUUACAGUAGUGCAGUUGAAGCUCUCCCUUCUAACUUUGGCCUUAGGGUGCGGUUUCUUGAGGUAUUGGAAGGGAUAGAUCUGGCUCGCUCAGGUGAAAUUCGAAAUCAGAUACUAGCUGACAUGAGAAAAGAUUUCUCAAAUGAGCCAGAAUACUGGAAUUGGCUUGCCCUUGAGGAGUCUCGUUCUAAAAGUGCGGACCCUGCAAGUCAACUAGAUAAAGCAAUCCAGGUGUAUGAAGAGGCUUUACGGGUUGUUCCUUCAACAACGAUGUUCAACUUGUAUAUUUGUUUCUUAAAAGAAGCAAUGGGUGAUCAAAAUGAAGAUAAUGAUUUUGUUUCACGAACUUUAAAAGUCUAUGAAAUGGCGGAAACCACUGGUUGUAUUACCGAACAUCUUGCAUGUGAACACGUUACAUUUUAUUUGCAAUUGCGGCGAUUGAAAGAAGCGAGGAAGCUGGCCGAGAAAUUCUGCAAAGGAAAAUUUGCUGAUUCAGUAGAUGUCUGGUCACUUAGAAUCUCAAUAGAGAUGAGAUGCGUCACAGAGAAGUCACUUGCACCAAGUAAAGAUGAUUUGCACUCCAUGUUUGACCUCCUAAGAAAUAUUCUUGGAAAAUUCUCUGUUUCAAAGGCCGAGAGCUUGUGGCGUGUGGCCCUUAAAUUUUUCUCAAAUGACAAAGACUACUCCAACAAAAUGGUGGAUUUAUCGUUGUUAUCGCUCGCUAAAGACGGCGGCAGUGAUAUUGGAUUUUCCCUUUCUUCAGCCAUAGUGAACUAUGUUCUGCAGAAGAAUGGAAUUCAGCAGGCUAGAAUACUGUACAAGCGGUAUCUAGGUCUACCCCAUCCGGGUCUUGCCUUAUACAACCAUUGCAUUGAAUUAGAAACUAAUCUUGCUUCAGCAGGCGAUAAAGCCAGUCUCAAAGAAGCCAGAAAGUUGUAUGAAUCUGCUCUUACAACUUAUGACCAAGAUGUGACCUUAUGGAAAAAUUAUUACUCUCUCGAAAUUAAGUUCGGGACAUCUGAAACAUCUAACGCUGUCCAUUGGCGCGCAAGGAAGGCGGUUAAGGACAAUGCAGUUCUUCUGUCCUUACCUCAAAUAUGACUGUACAAGUGUUUUUUGCUGUUUGUAUUUUUGGUUUGUAGCUAAAUUCAUGAGCAAAAAGAGAAACCUACUUCCAUUUCAAUUUUGUUCUUGAAAUUUAUGGGAGCUCCAUCAUUC